AUGGCGUUCUCUGCAAUUACUACGCACAGCCCCUCUCUUCUUCGUCUGCCGACGAACCUCCCUGUAACCUGUUCACCUCCUAAUUCAAUUUCGUUUCGAUUUUCAAAGAAUAAUCUCAGCCGUAGAAAACCCCUUUCAAUUCGAUCAACUUCAACUUCAACUCCGGCUGCACCGAAAACCGAGGGGCUUGCACCUGCAAUUUCACUUACGGAUAACGCAUUGAAGCACUUCAAUAAGAUGAGAUCUGAACGCGGUGAAGACUUAUGCUUGAGAAUUGGUGUCAAACAGGGUGGGUGCUCUGGCAUGUCUUAUACAAUGGACUUUGAGAGUAGGGCCAACGCAAGGCCAGAUGAUUCUGUCAUUGAAUAUAAUGGUUUUGUUAUGGUUUGUGAUCCGAAGAGCCUCCUCUUCUUGUAUGGCAUGCAAUUGGACUACAGUGACGCUCUUAUCGGCGGAGGCUUUUCUUUCAAGAACCCCAAUGCCACACAAACAUGUGGUUGCGGUAAAUCUUUUGCGGCGGAGAUGUAG